CAAAAUGGGAUUUUACCGCUCACAGUUGGAGACUUCAGCAUGCAGUAAAUGUCCACCCCACAGUGUGGCCAGGCAGAUGGGGGCCACGUCUUGUAGCUGUGAAGAUGGAUACUAUAAGAUUGAAUCUGACCAUCCUAAUAUGGCCUGCACACGCCCUCCCUCUGCACCCCGGAAUGCAAUUUCCAAUGUCAACGAAACCAGCGUCUUUUUGGAGUGGUCUAUUCCAAUGGAGACGGGGGGUAGGAAAGAUGUCCGCUACAACAUCCUGUGCAGACGUGUUUUACCUGAUGGCCGAGGCUUAGAGGAAUGCGGCCCCAACGUGCGGUUUCUGCCACGCAGACUUGGCCUGUCUAACACCUCGGUGAUGGUGGCCGACCUGCAGUCGCACACCAACUACAGCUUCUUGUUGGAGGCUGUCAAUGGUGUGUCAGAGCUCGCCAAAGACCAUGCAAAGCAGUAUGUGACACUUAAUGUGACGACCAAUCAGGCAGCACCCUCCCCAGUCAGUGUAGUGAGGAAAGGCCAUACAGGAAAGAGUAGCAUCGCUCUUUCUUGGGCAGAGCCUGAUCGUCCUAACGGCAUCAUCCUCGAGUAUGAGAUCAAAUAUUUUGAAAAGGAUCAGGACUCCAGUUAUACUAUAAUAAAAUCUAAAGAAACAGAGAUGGUGGUGGAUGGCCUUAAACCUUCUUCAGUCUACAUCUUCCAGGUACGAGCCAGGACCUCUGCAGGUUAUGGUGCAUUUAGCCGACGUUUUGAAUUCCAGACGAGCCCUUACUUAACUGCCACUAGCGAGCGUGCUCAGGCUUCAAUAAUAGCAGUGGCCAUCACGUUGGCUCUGGUUCUGCUGGCGGUGGUUGCUGGAUUCCUCCUCAGCGGACGACGGUGUGGGUACAGCAAAGCAAAGCAGGAUCCUGAAGAGGAAAAGAUGCAUUUUCACAAUGGCCACAUUAAGUUCCCUGGAGUCCGUACUUAUAUUGACCCCCUUACUUAUGAGGAUCCAAACCAGGCAGUACAUGAAUUUGCACAAGAGAUUGAUGUCUCAUGCAUCUCUAUUGAGAGGAUCAUUGGAGCUGGGGAGUUUGGCGAGGUGUGCAGCGGACCCCUUAGGCUACCUGGCAAAAGAGAGAUCCAGGUUGCCAUUAAGACCUUAAAAGCAGGUUACACAGAGCAGCAGAGACGUGACUUCCUGUGGGAGGCAUCCAUCAUGGGCCAGUUUAACCAUCCAAACAUCAUUCGCCUGGAGGGAGUUGUCACCAAAAGUAAGCCGGUGAUGAUCAUUACUGAAUACAUGGAGAAUGGAUCAUUAGACACCUUCUUAAAGAAAAAUGAUGGUCAGUUUACAGUUAUCCAGCUGGUCGGCAUGCUGCGGGGCAUCGCAUCUGGCAUGAGGUACCUUUCAGACAUGGGUUAUGUCCAUCGUGAUCUGGCAGCCCGUAAUAUCCUUGUUAAUAGCAACCUUGUGUGUAAAGUGUCUGAUUUUGGACUGUCCCGAGUCCUGGAAGACGAUCCAGAGGCAGCAUACACUACAAGGGGAGGAAAGAUUCCUAUUCGCUGGACAGCUCCUGAGGCAAUCGCAUACAGGAAGUUUACCUCUGCUAGCGAUGUGUGGAGUUAUGGGAUUGUCAUGUGGGAGGUUAUGUCUUAUGGAGAAAGGCCCUAUUGGGAUAUGUCCAAUCAAGACGUAAUAAAAGCAGUAGAAGAGAGCUACAGGUUGCCUGGCCCAAUGGACUGUCCAGAGGCCUUGUACCACCUGAUGAUGGACUGCUGGCAGAGGGAACGCAGCAGUCGGCCCAAGUUUGAUGAAAUUGUUUGUCUACUUGACAAGUUUAUUCGCAACCCCAGUUCAUUAAAAAAGUUGGUCAACUCUUCACACAGGGUUUCCAACUUGUUAGUUGAGCAUGCCAGUGUGGAAGGAGACUGCAGCACUCGAGGAAAGACUGUCGGAGAAUGGCUUGACUCAAUCAAAAUGGGCCGUUACACAGAGCUCUUCAUGGAGGGAGGCUACUCUUCACUUGACACAGUAACUCAAAUGACAUCAGAGGAUCUUCGAAGAGUAGGUGUAAAUCUGGCAGGACAUCAGAAAAAAAUCAUCACAAGUAUUCAGGAGAUGAGAGUCCAUAUGAAUAGCACCAACUCUACUGUAAACAUCUGAUGCAUAUGUACAGGCAUGCACACACAUCAGACAUCCAUAUGCGUACCUGAGUGGAAACCAAUAUGUGGACCUAGCAUGUAAUCAAAGAACUGUUGGACCUAGAAUGGCAUAGCACUUUUUUGGAGACAAAGAAACCCUAAUUUCUAUGGAUUUUCACUUGAUGAUCCGCAUUGUUGGUGAGUCGUAUUCGUGGAGCUCGUGGAGAUGUAUAACACUACAAGGCUAAAACCAAACUGAAGUGAACUGGACUGAAUGGUGCUAUGCGAAGGACCGAGGAAGGCAAACAAAGCUGACUCUUAAGGGAUUUUUUAUCCAACUUUGCCCAAUUUCUGGAUUCUUACAUUAUUUGUACUGUUAAUAUUCACCUAGCUCAAACUAGAAAUGAAUGGCUCUACCACGUUGGAAGUUUUCAUAAAGUGGUCUCAAAAUGAAACUUCUUAAUCUCUCAGCAGGUGAGACAAGCCAACCUGGUCUGAACAGAACACGUACCAGCCAGAGUUUUUUGACAUACACUACCUUUACAAGUCAGUGAAUUGAAAAGAAAAUCUCAGGUGGGGUAAAAACUAAUGGUACAAAAACAUCAUUAUUAGCGUGAGCUGUUGGUUUGGCAUAUUGGACUUAUUUGUUUUAUCGUCUGUCUUGUUUUAUGAAUCUUGGCUUUCAUAUACUAUCAUUCAAAGUAAACAAAUCAGUCAAAUAAAUAGUGGAUUUAAGAUAAUUAACUUUAUAAGUUGUAAGUAAAGCUAUUACAUAAGCAAAAAAAAUUGCUUUCACAUGUGGAUACUAUAGAAAUACCCCUUUGCCUGAAUGUAGAACAUUUGUAGAAUGUGGCAAUAAACCUUUUGCUAUUUGAAACCAGCCACUGAAUGAUACCAGGGAUUGCUAAACAUUAUGUUGACAAGCCUGAAAGUCUGUAAAACAAUAGUUUCCUA